AUAUUUUUUAAAAUUGUUUUUCGCAAGGGAGGGUUAGAUAAUCGAGCGUCUCUAAGCGUAAAACCUAGAACCAUUCUCCUUACUCUCCCUUGUAACUACGAUUUCAGCCGUCGAAGCCGCUCCGGUUGCAGUCCAUCCUCUCAAUCCCUGGAGCUGCGAUUCCUGGCGAAGAAUUUCCGACAGCAGGAUUCAUUUGCAGCGGCGACUUCAUUCGGAGACCCUAAAUCCCAACCUGUCUUCAUCUCUCCUGCGGACCUGCGAUUACGUCAGAGGAAGAAUCUCCACAACAGGAUGGUCCCAGUUACAGUUCUAAGGAUUGCUGGUUCAAGUCCUCAGUUGACUGGCCGCAAUUAAGAAGAGGAACCGUGUCUGCCCCUCACUUUAACUAAAUACAGAGUCUAUCAAACAUUCACCUUAAGAUACAUGUCGAUAGCUUGAAAUGAAGUCAUUAGAGAAGCUCUGAUCUGAACAAAUAUGCAGCCAGUGUAUUUGCUUUCCUAUGAUCUUGUAAUAUGAAUAAUGGGAUUAAAAUACCCUCCUCUGUCAAACCGGGGUUGAGAUUUGGAAUCUACAGUCGACUUAUGUAGCUUCUCCACCAUCCUGAGAUUAAGCCUGUUUUGGUGCAGGAGGUGAAUUGUUAAUGGCAUAACUUCUUACUAGAUAAAGUAGCAGAUUCAGAUUGGACUCUAAGCUAACACUUUGUUUGCGCUGAGAUUUUAUUGUCCUAACCUUGGGAGUUUUAUUUUGAUGACAUGACAUUUGGAAUGACUUGCACAUCAUUAUGAUGGCUGAAUUGGCAGUAUACCCAUUCUACAAAUAUACUUAGUGUGGUCUGUGGAGUUCCUUCAUCAUGCAUCUAAACAUCAAUUAGCUCCACAAAUUUGAGGAGUUACUUGGAUCUUUCCUUUCUGUAGUAUGUACAUAGGGAUAGAUGGAGGCAUGGAGCUUGUAGUAGAAGUUAAAGCAUUUCGUGUAAUGUACAACUUUUGGAACGUAUAUGUAAACAUGAGUAAUUACAUCAUUUAAUAAAGGCGGUACAGAUAUUUUUUUUAAUUUUAA